AUGGAUGUUGAGGCAGCCGAGUUCCAAGAGUGGGAGAUGAUUCCCUCGAACCGGGCAUCUGACUCGGAACCGUUAGCUCCGGAUGGUUCAGCCGGAAACACGAACGGUGUCGAUGAAGUUGGAUCUGAGACGAUCGGUGUGAUUCAACCCAAUUACUUCUCUCUAGACUCUCAAAUCAGGUAUAUGGGUACGUUUUCUGCGGAUGGAAGCGAGGAGGACUCUGAAAAAUCGGAUAAUCCGAGUUGGAUUGAGCCCGAUUCUGAAAACAACGAGUUUACCAUGAAGAAUUCUCGCGAAUUCUGGUCGGAUUCCGGCAGUGAGGGUAAAAAUGAAUUGGGUUUUGAAGAGAUGAAAAGUGAAAAUGGUGAAGAAUUUAGGCCGGAUUCUGUGAAAUUUGGUGCUGGAGAAAAUAGUCAUCUGCAACAAGUUUCUGUUGAAGAAAAUCAGGAAAAGGAAAAUGGAAAUGUUGAAGGUGAACAGAGGAGGGAUGCAGGGGACCAAAAGAAGAGCCUAGUGUGGUGGUGGAAGGUGCCAAUACAUCUUGUCAAGUAUUGUGCUGCUUUUAGAGUUAGCCCUGUGUGGACAUUUUCUGCUGCUGCUGCUGCUAUUAUGGCUUUUGUUAUUUUGGUUCGUAGGUUGUCUAAGAUGAAGAAAAAGACCAAGGCAUUGAAGCUCAAACUAACUGUGGAUGACAGGAAUGUAUCUCAGUUCACAAACCGUGCUGCACGCCUUAACGAAGCAUUCUCUAUUGUGAAGCGGGUUCCUCUGAUUCGGCCACAGUUGCCAGCCGCUGGAGACACAGUGUGGCCUCAGAUGACUUUGAGAUAG